AUGUUAGAGAAGUCUUGUAUAAAAUAUAUUUAUGCUAAUAGAGAAGAAUUUUUGAUUAGUAAAGAAUGGGAGGAAUUUAAAUCUCUUUAUGGAGAAUCUGCCUUUAAAAUGUUAGAAGAUGCUUUGCUUGGGAAAUUUGAUAUAAACGGUAAGCUUUGCUUUUUGAUAAAAGUGUAA